GAUCUGACCGCAGGUUAUAACAAGAACGACAGACCAAUACAAAACCAAACUGAUGCAAUCAACGUGGAUAUAAACUUUGGGCUAUAUAGCAUUCAGGAAAUUAACGAAAUUACUGGGAAAGUUUCGGCUACCGGGACCCUGGAGCUAAUAUGGAAAGACGAAGUGUUAGUCUGGGACCCUGCUGACUACAACAACAUUUAUUCACUGAUGAUUCCCGUCUCCGAAAUUUGGUACCCACCCCUGAUAAUCGGCAACCCCUAUUCCACAUCUACAGCUAUAAAAGUUGAAGACAGGAGCUUUGUCCGGCUGUGGUUAGAUGGCACAAUUAUGUUCUAUCCUUCCGGGGUAUACGAGAUCAAUUCUCCACUUGAUUCGAAGUAUUACCCUUUUGAUAAACAGGCAUUUUCAAUACAAUUCGUUGUUGCUGGCUUCAUGUACAGAGAAGUGAAUUUAAAUGCAGGAAUGACAUACUUGUCAUCUAUUUUCGAUGGCAAUGGUGAAUGGUCCGUACUUAAUAUGACAAGAGGGGUGGCAAUAGUAAACCAAUAUUCAUCAAUUGCUACUUUCACUGUCAGCUUAGAACGAAAGUCGACGUUUAUGGUGGUGAACAUCAUAAUGCCAAUAGUGUUUUUGGCUGCAAUCAACCUGCUGGUGUUCGUGCUACCACCCGAAGCCGGGGAACGGGUAUCAUUCUCUGUAACAAUACUCCUGUCCUUGGCCGUGUUCAUGACAUUGGUUGGGGAUAACCUGCCAAAGACUUCCGAUCCUCUUCCAGUGCUUAGCUAUUACCUGCUGGCAACCCUGACAAUAAGCACUCUCAUGUGUGUCAUGACAAUGUUGAAUCUUGCAAUAUACCAUAAAAAUGAGCAGUCUCGACCACCAAAGUGCAUUGCUGUUGUAGCAGCUACAGUCCUCCGCCGAAAAACAGGUUUGAAGUCGCAUAAAGUCGAAGAUAACUCCUCAGAAGCGGAGAGCAAUCUGACAAUCGAGAAACGUAUUAAACCACUGAAGAUUGCAUUCGAGAACAAUAAAGAUGUUUUGUUAAGAUGGAAGGACGUUAGUUAUGCCGUUGAUAUUCUGUGUUUUGUCGGCUUCCUCAUUGGAUUGUGUUCAAUUAACAUUUACUACAUUGUGUUUUUAACAUCACACUAAUUAAAGAACAAUUUUUGCAUAAAUUAUACCUAAUAAAAUUGCAAACAUGACAGAAAGGUAUCGGACAUACACUUUUGGG